AUGUAUGAGACAGUGAAUGAGUCGACGCUGUCGCCAACGGAGCCUCAGGUGCCUGAGCUCUCGCAGUCUAUGAUUAGCCACCGACGUGACUCCAUGCGAAGCAGUUAUAGCGUUGUCUCUGAUGUAGAGAUGGCCCGCCACGAGGUUUUUGAUGGGCCCAUCUCAGAAAGCAUUCCAUCAAGUGUCGUUUCUUUCUCCCAUCGUCGCAACCGGAAGGACUCGGUGGUCAGUUUUACGUACUUUCGUGAUGAAGAGGACUUUGUCGAGUGGCCAGAUGAAGAUGCUGUGGACGCUGAGAGCGAAGCCGAUAAUUUGGUCGUAGGUGAUGUUAGUCCGCCAAAUAGAUCUGUUAGAUCGUCAUUCAGGUCAAAGCGACCGUCAUAUUCUAGAGGUUCCGCUGAAGACCCCCUCCUCCCCGGCCGGCGUCUUUCUGCUAGUUCGUAUACGCAGGACCGACGAUUUGAUAGCAGGCUCAACCAGAAAAUAUAUAUUGAAUCAGAGGAUUUAACGUUUGUGAUCGCCGGGUUUUCAAACAGAUUCUCUGGCUUAGUUCUAUACUCUCUGUCAUGUGUCCUGUCCCUUGGCUUCGCUUAUCUCGUUUUUCGAUGGUUUCCAAGAUGGCGUGUGCGAUUGACAGGGAAACCCACGCCACUUCGCAUUUGUCAAUGGGUUGCCAUUGAGGACCAAUGGAAUCAAUUCAGCGUAUGCCAGGUUCGCAGUCAAGCUUAUGGGCGUCCACUUUCCAGCGUAUUUGCAGACCCAGACAGCCAUUCCUAUGAUGAAGAAAAUGACCCCACCAUCUCGUUCUUAUGUUACAUUGACUUUAGGUACCUUCGGUUCUUUUACCAUCCUUUGGAAGACAAGUUCUGUCUCAUAAGCGGUUGGAAAGACCCUUUGUGGACAAAUGCGAAAGUGAUGCGAAGCGGACUAGAUGCCGAUGAUCGUGAUAGUCGAGAGCAAAUCUUCGGCAAGAAUCUUGUUGACAUUCAGCAGAAACCAUUGUUUCAGCUUCUCAUGGAUGAAGCCUUCCACCCAUUUUAUAUCUUCCAACUUGCAAGCCUCGUUCUUUGGUCUUUGGAUGAAUAUUACUAUUAUGCUGUUUGUAUAUUCUUUAUCUCUGUCUUCAGCAUUGGUGCAACAGUAAUUGAGACCAAGUCUACUAUGAGUCGGCUGAGGGAGAUUUCUUUGUUCGAGUGUGAUAUCCGUGUGCUUAGGAAUGGUUUUUGGAGGUCUGUUCCCUCUCGAGAACUUGUUCCGGGUGAUGUAUUCGAAUUCUCCGACCCAUCGCUUAGCCAAGUCCCAUGCGACUGUAUCUUACUGUCAGGUGACUGCAUCGUAAAUGAGAGCAUGCUCACAGGUGAAUCUGUUCCUGUGUCCAAAACCCCAUUAACGGACGAUGCACUUAAGUAUCUUAAUCUCAACGCCCCCUCUGUCCAUCCAAACAUAGCAAAACAUUUUCUUUUCGGUGGAACCAAGGUCAUUCGAGCACGGCGCCCUCAUAAUGUUGAUGACGACGAUGCCAUUGCUCUAGCAAUUGUUGUCCGAACGGGGUUUUUGACAACCAAAGGCGCGUUAGUUCGCUCCAUGCUUUUCCCAAAGCCCUCUGGCUUCAAAUUCUAUCGAGAUUCAUUCCGUUACAUAUCUGUUAUGGCAAUGGUCGCUAUUCUAGGAUUUGUAGCCUCCUUUUUCAACUUUAUCCGACUAGGUCUCUCCUGGCAUUUGAUCAUUGUCAGAGCACUCGAUCUGAUAACAAUCAUUGUUCCACCUGCUUUGCCUGCUACGCUGACAAUUGGUACGAACUUUGCACUUUCACGGUUGAAAAAUCAAAACAUUUUUUGCAUUAGUCCACAGAAGGUAAAUGUGGGCGGUAAAUUAGACGUGAUUUGUUUUGACAAAACAGGAACCUUAACGGAAGAUGGAUUGGAUGUUCUUGGGGUGCGGACUGUAAAUCGAGAAAUGAGGCUAUCAGACUUGCUCUCGGACGUGACUCUAGGGUCUCCCGCAGCUUCAGCAUUUGAUACUUCUUACGACCACAAGAAGCGUGAUGUUUUAACCUACAUCAUGGCCACCUGCCACUCGUUGAGAAUUGUGGACGGCGAGCUUCUAGGUGACCCUCUCGACGUGAAAAUGUUUCAAUUUACUGGCUGGUCUUACCAGGAAGGCGGCAGCCAUGGUCCUGAACAGCCAGAUUCCAAAUUUGAAACAAUAAUGCCGUCCAUUGCAAAGCCACCUGCCCUUUCAGAGAAUCUUCGUCAGAGCAAUUUCACUGCACCACUUGAACUUGGUAUUUUACGGAAUUUUGAAUUUGUCUCUGAACUUCGACGCGCGAGCGUUAUUGUAAGGCAAUUUGGUGACAAUGGUGCUAGCGUCUUCGUCAAGGGUGCACCAGAAAGCGUCAGAGCCAUAUGCCUUCCCGACAGUCUGCCUCAAGACUUUGAAGAUAUACUGAGCCAGUACACCCACAAAGGCUAUCGGGUUAUUGCCUGCGCCGCCAGAUACGAACAAAAGUUGAGUUGGAUGAAAGUGCAAAAAAUGACUCGUGGAGAUGCAGAAAGUGAUCUGGAAUUCAUUGGCUUCAUUAUAUUUGAAAACAAGCUGAAACCAACAACUACUGAGACUAUUGCUGAACUGAACCAAGCAGGAAUACGGAAUGUCAUGUGCACUGGAGAUAAUAUACUUACUGCAGUUAGUGUCGCUCGUGAGUGUGGAAUGGUCAGGAAAAGCGAGCAAUGCUUUAUACCGCACAUUGUAGAAGGUCGUCCCCAUGAUCUGACAUCUUCACUUUGCUGGGAGAAUGUAGAUAAUCCAGCAUUGAAGCUUGAUCCAAACACACUGAUGCCUUCUGGGACUUCAACGGAUUUGGACUUGUCUAUACCUGUCAACGUCUUCAAUAUACGCAAUUUCUCGCUUGCGGUCAGCGGAGAAGUAUUUAGAUGGGUCUUGGACUUCGGCGAUGAGACUAUACUUCAGCGAAUGCUUGUGCGUACGAAAGUGUUCGCUAGAAUGUCACCUGACGAAAAACACGAACUUGUGGAGAAACUUCAGUCACUUGAUUAUUGCUGUGGGUUUUGUGGUGAUGGUGCUAAUGACUGUGGCGCGUUGAAAGCUGCAGAUGUUGGGAUAUCGCUUUCUGAUGCUGAGGCAUCUGUGGCUGCUCCAUUCACAAGUCGCCAAUUUGAUGUAUCCUGCGUGCCAACAUUGAUUAGAGAAGGGAGAGCCGCCCUAGUUACAAGCUUUUGCUGCUUCAAAUAUAUGAGUCUCUACUCUGCUAUUCAAUUUUCCACUGUCAGUUUCCUGUACACGUCAGCAUCAAACUUGGGUGAUUUUCAAUUUCUGUUCAUAGAUCUGGUGCUCAUAUUACCAAUCGCAAUUUUUAUGGGAUGGACCGGCCCCUAUCCCGUACUCUCCCGAAAACGCCCAACUGCCGAUCUUGUCUCGCGAAAGGUGCUGACGCCAUUACUCGGCCAAAUGUUAAUUUGUAUACUGGUUCAGCUUGUGGCCUACAAAGCCAUUCAGACACAGCCAUGGUUCAAACCCCCAGAGGUUGAUUUGGAUAAUAGUAAUAUUGAGAACUCGGAGAACACCGCCCUGUUCCUAGUCUCAUGCUUUCAGUACACGCUAGCAAGUGUUGUUCUCAGCGUGGGGCCUCCAUUCCGGAAGCCUAUGGGAUCAAAUAGAGCCUUCAUAUCUGUGGUUGUGGUAGACUUGAUCAUCUCAUGUUAUAUGCUCUUCAGGCCCUCUAGGUGGGUGACGCAAGUUAUGCAAUUGACUUUUCUAUCAGGGAAUUUCGCUAUUUCGCUGCUUGCACUUGCCGUGAGCAGCUUCAUUUUCUCUUGCAUUGCGGAGCGUGCUCUAUUCCCCAGUCUUGCUCGGGCCUUAGGGCGAGCCUACGCACUCUUACGGCCAGGCCAUCACAAAAAGCGCCGUCAAUACAAGGUGAUACUGGAGGAAAUGCAAGAGUAA